CUAGAGCACUAAUGAGCAGGCUGAGAGCAACCCAACGCAGAUCUCCCAUCAGCUGAAGAGCAGCAGCAACUCUGACGGCAUCUGAGGCAACAAGACGCGGAACUGAUCUGCAGUCAGCAGGGAGGCAGCUGUAGAAAGCAAAUGACAUCCCAGGAAAAGGCGUGGGAGAGGUUGUGAAGUGUCUUCAAAGGCAAAUUAGCAGUCAAUUGAGAGACUGGAGAGGAGAGGAUUGGUCCAGUGUGAUCGCUAACCUUCCUCACUCCGAGGCAGACUCUCACUCCACUUUUCUCUUCUUGAGCCGAAGGACCUCGCCACUUCACCGGAGGAGCCCAGCCAUGGAGGAGAUGCUCACCUGCAGCCGAAGCCCUUUCUCCCAGGUGUUUGGGCGUCAGGGUCAGCUCAUGCAAGCCACUGUGCAGUCUCUAAACAGCUUGAAUGACCAGAUUGCAAACUUCAUGGUGACUGGACCCAAGUCCCUAGAACAGGAGGAGCAUGCCUUUCCCCCUCCUGAGAAGGAGACGCUGCAGAAGUCCAUGACCCUCAUGAGGCACCUCCUCGUGGAUGCUCAGGCAAAAAUCCUGAAAAUGAUGGAUGACAACAAGCAGCUUGCCCAGCGCAUCGAUGGGGCCAUUCAGUCAGCCAGCCAGGAGGUGACCAACCUGCGGUCAGAGCUGAGCGCCACCAGCCGCAGACUGGCCGAGCUGGGAGCGACGGACUCCUCUGCCAGCGUGCUUGAGACCCUGCAGCACAACCAUAAUGAUCCCUCUCCCCACCAGAGGCAGAAGCCCCCGGCUACCGAACUCUGUUACAAGACUGAAAUCAGCAGUCUCAUGGACUUCAAUUCUCCAGAUGCCUCUCUGGACAAAGUUCUGCUGCGUGAAGAGGUGGCCCAGCUCCAGGAAGAGGUGCACCUGCUGCGGCAGAUGAAGGACAUGUUGAAUAAGGACCUGGAGGAGACCCAGGGAGGUUGCUCGGCUGACGUGCUCUCUGCCACUGAACUCCGUGUGCAGCUGGCGCAGAAGGAACAGGAGCUGGAUCGAGCCAAGGAGGCUCUGCAAGCCAUGAAGUCGGACCGUAAGCGUCUGAAAGCAGAGAAGGCAGACCUGGUGAAUCAGAUGCAGCAGCUUUAUGCCACAUUGGAGAGCCGAGAGGAGCAGCUCCGUGACUUCAUACGCAACUAUGAGCAGCACAGAAAAGAGAGCGAGGAUGCAGUAAAGGCGCUGGCCAAAGAGAAAGACCUCUUGGAGAGAGAAAAGUGGGACCUGCGGCGGCAGACCAAGGAAGCCACGGAGCACACGGGGAUGCUGCGGUCCCAGCUUGAUCUCAAGGAGAACCGCAUCAAGGAGCUGGAGGCUGAACUUGCCAUGGCGAAACAGUCGCUAGCCACCCUGACCAAGGAUGUGCCCAAGCGCCACUCGCUGGCCAUGCCCACGGAGGCGGUUGUCAAUGGAAACAACCAGGAGUGGGUGAUGCAGGCCGAUCUCCCUCUGACUGCUGCCAUCCGACAGAGUCAGCAGACCCUCUAUGUCCACACGGGGCAUCCCGCUGACAGGCAAGUGGCUGCCGUGCGGGUGAGCCCGUGCCACUCGCGCCAGCCCUCCAUCAUCUCCGACGCCUCUGCGCUGGAGGGAGACCGGUCGUCCACACCCAGCGACAUCAACUCGCCGCGCCAUCGGACUCACUCCCUCUGCAAUUCCCUAGAAGAUCUGGAGGAGGCGAAGCGUAAAAAGAAGAAAGAAAAGAUGGGGCUGGGGUCUCUGUCGCGCGUCUUCGCCCGAGGAAAGCAACGCAAGUCCCUCGACCCCGGUUUGUUUGAUGGUACUUCAACACCUGAUUAUUACAUAGAGGAGGAUGCAGACUGGUAAAGCACACACGUCCGAGUGAACCACCUGGAGAGCCUUUUUUUGGCAGUUAUCAGAGGACAACGUAUUGCCCGAGCGCAUGCGUGAGAGAAUGUGCGUGUUUGCGUGCGCGUCUGUGUGUGUGUGACGAAAGCGUGUACAGAUAAAAUAAUGUGUGUACCUUUUAUGUAGUCUCACAUGCACGCAUGCUUCGGUUUGUAUGGGAGCGAGAGUGUGCGCGUGCUUGUGCCACCCAUGGUCAACGGCCAUGUCAGGAGCCGGAGGCGCGUCUUGCUUCGCUGAAGUGUAAACCUAAAGAGCAAAUUGCACCUGUAUGUAUGUAUGUAUAUGUACAGCCCUGUAAAUAGCGUGGAGAGUGUAAUGCAGCAGCAGUGUGGACAUGUCAUGUUGUAUCUGCCCUCCAAAACAGCUGUGUUAUCUGAUCUUUGAAUUGUUCUCUACAUUUUUACUUUUUUUUUUUUUUAUUGUUUUCACUCAACUGGAAACUUGAAGGACUGCUGUACUUGUAAAUAACAGUUGAUGUGCACUCUGUGCGUGUAAAUGUCUCCUUGUCCUGAAUGCCUUUUUGUUAUUUUUGACACGUACUCCCCGCCGUCCCUCCUCCCUCCCUCCCACUGCCUCUUAACUUUAUCUCCUCCCUGUUUAUUGUCCUGCCUGGUCCAUCCCCUUCUUCCACACUGCCAUGAUGAGAACAGUUUCCUGUAGGCGGCAUGCAGACUCCUGAAAUUCACCGCUGGGUCGGUUGUCGGGUGCACAUCCCUCGACCGCCGGAAAAAAAAAAAAAGUCUGUGCAGAGGCAAUCCUUGAUGUUUACUUAGAGAGACUUCAAAGAAGCUGCUAUGAGAGGAAUUAACUUUCUAUGCAGAACAGUUUGUUCCCCUGCAUUUUGAAGCCAAACAGGAAAUGUGAGAAAUGUGUUUUCUAUCUCCUCAGAUAGAAGGUACAUGUGUGACAUGCAUGCACGUAGUCCCGGUCCCUAAAUCAUGCAUGCCUGGCUACCCCACUACAAAGAAAAGUCUCUCCCUGGUUAUGUUUCCAAAGAGGUGAUACACUGUUUGCUUUUCUUUUUAAUUUAAAAAGAGAGGUUAGUUACUGAUUUCAUGUUCAUUCAUGAUUUUGCCCCAUUUCAAAUUAAUUGAUAAGAUUUGUAAACUUGAACCUUUGCUGUUCAAGGAGCGCUCAGCUGAAUGCUUAAGAUCUUAACAUCCUGAACUGCGCACAGUUUCGUUUUAAUCUGCACCUGCAGGGCUUUUUAUGCGAAAUUACAUUUGAAAUAUCAAAGGUCAGCAAAGAAAGAAAACUGAACAUUACACUUUGAAUUUUUAAAUAUUAUUCCACACUAUUUGCAAGGCUUUGUGCCUUUUUAUCUCUCUUUGUUUUUUAGGAUCUAAGCUGCUUGUAUUUAUUGGUGUAUGAAUACCGGGAGCAGGAUUAUUCUGGGAAAAGUUAAAAUAAGAAAGCUAUCAUCACAAAAUACAUAGCAUAAACACCAAUUAUUCUUGCGUUGCAGGUGUUCAACUGACAGUCAAAAUAUUUCUAGACCUCUGGAAUUAAGGGCGACUUAAGAGAUGAGCAGAACCUCAAUUAAGAGGUGCAGACAUUACAUGAACUACAAUUGAAGGUUAAAAAUCAGGAUUUAAGCAUCCCAAUCAAGCAAAGGCGUACCUUCUCCCAUGACCCCAUGACCUCAGCAAAAAUUCCAAUGUAGAGUUCAAGCCAUAGCUGGGGAAAGAAAAAAAAUAAAGCAAUUAACUUUGGACUAAAGGUUAAUGGCAUUAAUCCAAGCAAAAGAAUUUCCACAGACAUCACGUUACUUCCGAUCUUUCAUUGGAUUGAGUCGGAGUCUGCACUGCCACGCCCCAGGAAAUCUUUUCUCUCCCUGAUAUUAAACUAACACUGGGUAUUUGUUGGCCUUGCCUGAGACACUAGAGUGCCAGGUUACGGAGGAGAUGCAUUUAACCGUGGCGCGUCCACGUAUGCAGUAAGGAGAUCGUCCUUUACAUUUGAGUUCACGGUUAUUGAAUUUGCAGGUAAAUCAGUAAGGUAAUUCAGAGAUGAGUCACUAUGAAUCAAGUUGUAUGUACAGGAACAACAUCUCAUGUUAAAAAAAAUUCACUGAACAGUCAGUUAAAUGUAUAAAAUCUAUGCUAUUUUAUCUUUUUUGUUUCAUUCAGCUAAUUUCUAUGAUCCUCUGCUGAUGGGGAAACAACAUAUCAAGAGAAAAAAACAUUAUGUAAUUUUAUCUUUUGAUCCGUGCUCUGUUUUUGUUUUUUUAAUUUCCCACGUAUAUUUUACUUUUUGUAAAUGAGAUAACAUUGCAGAAAUGAAAUGAAUAUUAUUAUUAUUAUUAAAGAGUUUUAUUUAAAGUCAAAGAUGUAGGCCUCGGUGGAGGACUUCUAUUCUGAAGCCCUGAGAUGUUUAGAAGUGGAUCGUAGCAAACUUUUAAAGGCAUGGCAACAAAGUUACGCUCUAAAGAACUAAAUGAGAAAAAAUAAGAUUAUUUUAAAAUAAAAUAAGUAAUGCUUAAUUUCCACGUGGCUCUCCUCUCUUUCCCUUCGUUAAUGUUCGUGUGUGUAUGUGUUCAUUUGUUGUGAUAUGGCUCUAAUCCAGAUUUGUCCUGUUAUGCUGGAGGGGACUUACCAUUUUUAACAUGUGCCUUAGUUUCCCUCAGCCCUGCAACUCCCAUCUGUGAGAGGACUGCAUCCCAAAAGCUUCCCAAUGGCCUCCUUUCCUCUCUUUUCCAAUUUCAACUCCUUACUAAGCCAAAAUGAAAUUUUCCUCUUGUAUUAUAUUGGAAUCAAUAAUUAGAGAAAAACAAAACAUUGGUGCAGAGGAGAUGUGGCCAUGUCAUAUUGUUGAAUCUGAUCUCAUAUGUGUCAGCACAUGGCGUCGAUAAUGUUUUGCUCUGAUAUGACUCCUGACCUCUAACACUGACCCCUCUUGUCUGACCUCCAUCAGACUGUCGACACAGUGAGGCGACCCAAGAAGCGAUCAGUCAGACUCAAUGGGACCGAGGUGCACCAGUUCCUGUGGCUUUAAAAAUGAGUCGUGCUGGGUUGCAAACUGUGUUUGCAGAUGUCUUUUAACUCUUAACAUCACAAAAAAAAACCUUUGGAGUUAAGCACUUCUUCAAGUUGAAUUUAGCUCUAAUGACAGGGAUUUGGAAACAGUUGAGUGCUAACAGAUACACUAAAAUGCAUUUGAGGGCUUUUUUCUUUUUUCUUUUAUUUCCUGUAUACUCCAACAGUAAAGCUCCAUACUCAGCGUCACUGGCUCAGAAACACUGGCUGCUUUUAAUUUUGUGCUUAAGUAUAGUUUGGGGGAAAUGCACUGCUAAAAUGCUUAACAUAAAUCUACAAGCAGGGGUGCUCAUCAUAGCUUUGCGUGGACUAUAAGAAGACUGGCUGUGACUUUAUGGAUUUACCAUACAAGCUUAUUUAUAAGCCUUCUCGUCUGAUGCACGACAGUAAAGCAUAAGCAUAUUUACCAAACAUUAAAUGACUUCUUUAAUAUAAUUUUAAUAAAUUCAAGCUGAAGCUACUCCUUGAUUAACUGGAAGACAGGAAACAGACUGUAUGUACCUCCAUAUUUAUCAUUCAGACAUGAGCAUUGAUUUCCUCAUCUGCCUCUCAAGAUAGCAAAUAAUCUUAUUAAUCAAAAUGCCAAACUGUUACUUAAAGGGGCCUUGUAGUUUAUCCACUCUAUUUAUCCUCCCUCGAAGCAGCGAUGAGCCACCAUGGAUGAUGUCAUCCAUUCAGCUGUAAUCCAUUUGUUUAUUCCCCCAGUCAUGGUAUCAGAAAUGCUGCUAUAUUAUAGCAAUAAGGUCCAUUAAAUGAGCUACCGAAGGGCACACUUAAGGCUCGGUGUCUCGUCUAAAGUGUAGUUAAAG